UUUCUGGUGACCUUUUCGCGCCAUGGAGAAGUGUGGUCUUACUCAAUCACAAAUAAAACAAUUUGAGGACGAUGGAUACCUUAUCAUCGAAGAUUUCUACUCCGCUGAUGAGGUGGAAGCUCUCAGAAAAGAAAUGCAUGACAUCGUGGACAAGUUGGAUUUAAAUCGUGAUCCAAUGAGUGUGUUUAAAACAGGAAACGAACAGGUUGGAGAUGACUAUUUUCUGUCUAGUUCUGACAAAAUAAGAGCUUUUCUUGAAAAGGGUGCAUUUAAUGAUAAAGGUGAACUUGUGAAAGAUAAGCAUUUGUGUAUCAACAAAGUGGGUCAUGCUUUGCACGUGCUCAAUCCUGUUUUUAAAGACAUCACAUUUUCUGAUAGAAUUAAGGCAAUUGCCAGAUCGUUGGAUCUUAAGAACCCAGUUAUUCCUCAGAGCAUGUACAUAUUCAAGCAACCAAGCAUUGGAGGGGAAGUGUUACCGCACAGAGACUCAACUUAUUUGUACACUGAACCACCAAGUGCCCUUGGUGUAUGGAUACCACUGCAAGACUGCACUAAAGACAAUGGUUGCUUGUGGUUUUUACCAGGAUCCCAUAAGGUCACAGAAAUUAAGCGGAGGUUGAUAAGAACUCCUGACAAAACAGACCGCGUUGUGGAACAUGUGGGUCCUGACCAUGUGUUUGAUGAAAAUGAUUUUAAAAUUGCUUGCACAAAAAAAGGUUGUUUGGUUCUGAUUCAUGGUUCAGUUUUACACAGAAGCUUUGCUAAUACUUCUUCAAAGUCUAGGCAUGCCUACUCAUUUCACAUGAUUGAUGGAGAUGCAAAAUAUAGUGAACAGAAUUGGUUACAGACACCUGGUCCUUUUCCCUCACUGUACGAUACAACUUAGGGCAUUUUUAAUGGAUUUUAAUUGGUGGCCAAAACGUGGAGGUUUUAAAGGUUUUUUAGAAAUCAUAAUCAACUAAUACACAGUACUGAAUUUGUAAAUUUAGAAUAAUAAAAUAUUGGUAGUCUUGUAAAACUAUAAAUUAUACAAAUCUUCCAGAAAUGUAAGCAGUCUUUAAUAUAUAUCUGAUUCAUCAAUAAAAUAUAUAUAUAUAAUUGUUAA